AUGUGUGUAGACUCCAGAGUUAGAAAACCCGUCAUCUUCGUCGUGAGUCCACAAGAUGCGCUCGGAUCACGGGUUCAAAACUUAGCCAACAUCUCUGUCUCCAUCUCUCUCUCUCUCUCUCUCUCUCUCUUAACGUCCAAUCUGCAUUCUUGGCCAUCACAGUGGGUGGGACGUUUGAAACAAACCAGAAAAAGAAAAAGGAACAACGCCAUAAUCGCUGUCAAUCAACCAGCAAUUGGUUCGUUUCCAAGGGCCGCUGAAACAUUCGAGGCUGAAAGGCCCGCCAGUUCUGAGACAAGCAGUUUGCUGGAAAAUGAACCCCCUGAUUCUAUCGGAAACAGACUACGACAGGCUCUGCCGUCUUAA